AUGUCCUUGCGGAGUCUCGUGACCAGCGGGCAAGAGCCGCUGCCACCGCGCCGCCUGCCCGCGUAUGCCUACCAUACGGAGCCCCCAAUACGCACGGUUGUCUCGGACAUGUCGGCGCGGGAGUCCGUCUCUGUAAUGUGGAAACUGUGGCUGGAGGGUCAGUACAACGAGCUAGGGAAGAGGCUUGGCAACACUGGUGAGAUUCUGGAGCGAAAGGAUGAGGCGCGCUUCGCGUGCGAAUUUCUAGCGAGUGGCGGGCUGGACAUCUACUGCCUCAUCUUGUGCGAUCCGUUCAACCCUUUGCGUUUCUCGCCAGAGCGCACGGUGCGCAGCAUGAGCGCCUUCGAGCGGGGACGACGGCAGCGCACCCUUGAGCACAUCAUCGGCAUUUACGCUGAGGUCAUGCUUCAGCUGACCGACCUGGUGGCGGAUCAGAACGACCUCGGUUGGGUGAUCUACGACCGCUACCCGGGUGUCUUCUACCGACUUAUUGAGUUUCUCGAAGACAGCUCCCUGUGGGCCGCCGCCACGGGCCUGCUGGAGCACAUUCUAGCCUGCGUUGGCCCAGUACUGGAGAUCAGCAAGAACCCAUCUCUCAUCCGGGUUUUGCGGCGUGCCUCGCCGACGGCGCUGGCUGCCUUCUGCCGCUUUCUCGCGCUGCUCAUCUUGCCUGGGCUUGCGCAAGGCCAGAACCCGAUCUUGGCGCGUCGGCUACACUACCCGGAAACGGUGGCGGUGCUGCGGCAGGUGCAGCGGGUGGUGGACAGCAACGUGCUGUGGCUGAUCGGCGAGGAGGGUCUCGUGUCGACGCUCAUUAGUCUGUGCGAGCUGCGGCCGAACGGGCUGCGGGUACAGCAGGGCGGACGGUCCAUGAUGAUGUUCCCUCCGGAGACCACCUUGAUUGGUGGGACCGGGCAGAGAGCAGCCAACGCGACGCGUGCUGGUGGCCGCGCCAGCGUCGUGCCCCUCGGCAGCGAAGACGUCGACUGGGAGGACGAGGAGGAGGAGGAUGACCAGUGGUCAGAUAAUGAAGAGCAGGGGGGGAGCGGCGCGUCUGGCGGAAGCGGUGUCACGGCGGACUUCGUCUUCGACGGCUCCUCCCUACCCACGCUCUUCGCCGGAAUCGAGCGCUUUCUCGGGAUUGGGCAGUCCCAAAGCCAAGCGCCUCCACCGGCGCCGUUCACCAGCCCCACACCGCCACCACGACCACAGGCGCCGCAACCCUCUCCGCCAUCUGGAUCGACCGACCCUCCCGGUGCUUCUCCACCGCGCGCCGACGAGUCAGCGGCGUUUUCAGAAUACCUCGAGUACAUCCGCACCGCCGUACGCAGUGGUACGGUAAGCACGGCGCUCGGCGUGAACCGUGCCACCUCCGGCGUGGCACCGUCGCUGCCGCCACCACCGCCGCUGUCUACUCCUGCAGAGCAGGGCGGCAUUCGAGUGGAAGUGGGCAGCGGCAGAGGCAACGUGGCGGCGCAGAUGGUGGUCGAGCUGGAGCGCGCUGGGUUGCCACGUGAUGGUGCCGAGCAGAUAGCGUUUCUGAACCGCAUAACAUCCAACCAGUUCCAAGCCGAGGACCCAUCGCGGCUGGUGCAGUGGAUGCUGGACCGUGACAUGCUGGAGGACGACGACAUGGAGCAGAACUUCAAAUCCUCGAUGGACAUCCACUGGUGGGUGGGGUCGGCCGACACGCGACAGCGCUGGCGGCUGCGGGAUCCGUCCUUAAUCCCGGAGAGGGAUGACAACCGCCACGCCCUUGUCUGCUCGACUGUGCGUCGCACCAUUGCACCCGGGCCGCGACCGCCAACGCUGGAGGAGUUCAGCUCGGCUAAUGAGCGGCUCUCGGCGGAGCUGUUCGAGCCGCUGCCUCGCGUGGACGCACUCGAUUUGCUGGACCCCGUCGACACGCAGCGCAUCGUUGAGUCACAGAGCGAAGUGCUAUACCUGUUGAACAUGUUCCUCUCCACCUUCUACUUCAGCGACUCGUGGAAGGCGCUGCGGGACUGUCGUUGGGUGCCUCGGUCUGUGCCGAUGCUGGAGUCCGCCUUCGGACUGGACCCAUCGCUGCCUGCAUUCGUUGACGUGCCGCCGCACGUAAACUUGUCCGACAAGUUGCGGGCGCUGCCGCGCUACUUGCCGCCGUGUGCUCCUGAUGACCAAGAGGAGUCCGACACGCUCGCUGAUGGCUCGCCGCGCUACCCCGCAACGUGGCGUCUUGUUCCGUUUCUCCAGCUCCUCGGCGAUCUCGCCGUUGUGUACCUGCGUGACCCCAAUCAGAUGUUCGAGGAGGAGACGGAAAAUCAUCAGCAUGGACCCGAUACGAUGCGCAAGAUGGAGCUGCUGCGCGGCCUUUACGAGUACUGGAACGCUCAAGACCGUCGGGAGCAGGAGAUGGUGGUUGAGGAUGCCGAGGUCGUCGCCAGCGCGUGGAGAAACGCGCAGGCCAUCGCCCGCGUCCUGCACAGAGAUCAAGAAGACAGCUGUGUCCGUGCAAGCUUGUACCAGACACUCGAUUCGUAUUUGCGUACAUUUCUGUUUCGCGAAGCAUACCGCGACGCCCCGGACUGCCCGCAGACAAGACUCGGGCAGGUGCUCCUUACUAGCGUGCUGGAGCGCAUCUACAAUGGCACGCGCAUCCCCGGGCUGAGCGGGUCGAUGGCGCCGGGGCGGUUGCUGUCGAACAUGCUUCAGCUCCUCGGGGAGCUUCUGCGCUACCACGCCGGCAACCUGCGCACCUUAUGUGCCUAUGUGGUCGGAGAUCGGGACAUGUCGCGCCUGAACGAGGCGAUGAGCAACCCGAACCGGCAGAACCCUGUCAUUCUCUCCGCCGAGCAUGAGGAGGUCGAGGAGAUCUUGAAGCGCCCACCCCUGGAACGGGAGGAGCACGAGCCGUUUGGCAGUGUGCUGCUGCGACGCCUCUUCACCUUCGGCGUCGACACGCAUCACCUGCUGCGCUCGCUGUUGCUUUCUCUCACUCCGGGGCUACGUUCUACCGGCAACUACAUCUCGAAGCCGGUAAAUGACUCGGUGGACGAUGUGCGGCUGCCACCGACACUCCCCGGCAUCGGUCGCACAAGCGACAUUAUCUCCGGCGAUGCCGUCCGUAUCGCGUACGUGAUUCGGGUUUCGCGUCAGUACACGCGCGAGAUCAGCCUGGCGCCGGCCCACGGGCUGCGACGGGAGGAGCUCUUGAGGGAGCUGGUUUGCGUGCUAGCGCGCACGCCGCACCGGCAGGCCCCUGAGCACCGCCCGUUUCCGGGUCUGAUGUGUGGCGAAAACGAUCUGGCAUUGCUGCGCAGCCAAUGGCCGCUGCCGGUGGUGGGGCCACCGCUUCGCCUGCGCGCGACGCUCUUUAGUGGGUUUGGCGAGGGCAGCGCGAAGGCGUUGCCGUCGUCGACGCCCUGCCCGGAACCACUUCUUUCACCGCCGCAGGGCAUCCUCAGCACUGCGCAAGCGCAGACCGCUUCGUCAACGGAUCUUCAUGACGCAGCAGAGACGGCGGAGGACGCGGCGCGAUUGGAGGAGCUGGCCCCACUCACUCGGCUCCUGCUCGGCGAGCCGCACAAGCUGAUCUUCAGCGCCCUCUGCGGGCUGAACAUUGAGUCCAUGGAGGACAACAGCCGUCUCUCCGUCGUGACAACAGUGCUACUCGUGUUUUUGCGCGUUGCGUCUGUGGGGAGCUCAAGAGAGAGCGCUGCUGCUGCCGAGGCCAAUAUUCGUGACGUUUUGGAGAAAAUGAAGUCGUUUGCAGGGCACGGGCACAGCGUGUGGUUAGGGGAGGAGCGCGCAGCUCGGGCGAAGGAGCGCGAGGCGAGGAGGCGUCAGGCACUAAUGUCCGUGUCCGGGGACCAGGGGAUUUGCGCGUGUGACUGGCACGACGCUCCAAAGGCUGCGGAGGCGGAGGAUCAGCGUCGGAAGCCCAACGAGGCGGCGGCUGCCCUCACAAAUUCCUUCGAGAGGCCUACGGGAGACGGCAGCGCUGCGACAAAGAGUGGACUUGCGCCUGAUGAGCUUCCACGGCGCUGCCCCUCCUUCAUGGCCUACGGCUCCUGCGAUCCUCCGCACGAGGGGAGCGUGUAUCAGCGCGAGUUUGGCGGCUGCUUUUAUCGCAGCUUUUUCCGCCUGUUGUGCCUGUGGGUCGGCUACUACGCGUCUUGUCAGCGGUACGUGGAGACGGUGUACUUCAGUACGGAAGUCGCGUUCGGCGAGUACAAGACGAUGGCGCUGUUCCUGAUGCGUAUCCUGCCAGACUUUUUCAUGCCUCACUUCUCGCAGUGUUGA